GUGUAACAACGUAAAAGACGGUGAAAACUGAGAAUGAAAUGCAGUUAGAUUACUGUUUAUUUUCUAAAUAUCACUACGAGCGAUUCACAAUGUGAGAUUCCUGUGGCUGUACGCACUACUUGUCUUGAAGCGGAAGGACCUGAGCUCUGGUGUAGACAGCAGGGAGGAGGAGGGCGGAGUGAUACCGAGUGGCGAAGUUGGGUCUUGAGGCGCAGUCCGCUGAAGUUUUUCAAAAGUUUCUCCGGAGGUUCAGAGAGACGCAAAGCAGCCUAGACCAAGCUGCGGACACAGGGACGACAACGGGACAGGACUAACUUCUUUAACCCCGCUGACGGACUGGAGAUUUCCUUUUAAAUAUUUACAAUUUUAUCAACUUUAUGUCGCUACCCUGUCGCCGCGUUACUUCUUGGAACUUUUACAACUGUGUAUUUUUUUAAAUGGAUGAAUUAUUGCUGACUCUUUGAAGAGAAGUUGUUGGAACAGACCUCCACGGGAAUGGGGAAUUACAAUAUGUGGAUAUUUAUAUGUGUUUUAUUUCUACUGCAGAAUUGCGAAGGUCUCCGCUGCGUGGACAGGCCGUGCGAAAAUGGAGGAACUUGCAUGGACUCUCCUUCGCGAUGCGUGUGUCGGCCUGGUUACCUGGGGCCUGUCUGUCAGUACCCGGACCCUUGUCAGCGCUCGCCAUGCCUGAACGGUGCCGCCUGCAAGACCACGCUGCUGAAGGGGGUGCCGCAGGCCACCUGCGUGUGCCAGAGAGGAUACCGAGGGCCGGACUGCUCUCUGACUGACGCCUGCGCCAACAACCCGUGUGCCAACGGCGCCCGCUGCACCAACUGGAACGGGCGCUACAACUGCUCCUGCCCGCCGGGGUACCUGGGCAAGAACUGCCGCAACGACAUCGACGAGUGCCGCAAGCCCGACGUGUGCCUGAACGGGGGCGUGUGCGCCAACACGCCCGGCUCCUUCCGCUGCCAGUGCCAGCCCGGGUACAGCGGGCGCUCCUGUGAGGUGCCCUCCCUGCCCUGCGCCCCCUCCCAGUGCCUCAACGGGGGCACCUGCCACCAGACCAGCCAGCUCACCUACGAGUGCGCCUGUCUGCCAGGGUUUCAGGGACACAACUGCGAGGUGAACGUGGACGACUGCCCCGGACACAAGUGCAUGAACGGAGGGAUCUGUGUGGACGGGGUCAACACCUACAACUGCCAGUGUCCCCCUGAGUGGACAGGCCAGUACUGCGUGGAGGAUGUGAACGAGUGUCUGAUGCAGCCCAACGCCUGUCACAACGGCGGCACCUGCUUCAACACCAUCGGCGGGCACACCUGCGUGUGCGUCAACGGCUGGAUCGGAGAGGACUGCAGCGAGAACAUCGACGACUGCGCCACGGCCGUCUGCUUCAACGGCGCCACCUGCCACGACCGCAUCGCGUCCUUCUUCUGCGAGUGCCCCGUGGGGAAGACAGGGCUGCUGUGUCACCUGGACGACGCCUGCGUCAGUAACCCCUGUAAUGAGGGGGCCGUGUGCGACACCAACCCCAUGAACGGCAGAGCCAUCUGCACGUGCCCGCCGGGGUUCGUGGGCGGGGCCUGCAACCAGGAUAUGGACGAAUGCUCCAUCGGUGCUAACCCGUGUGAGCACUUUGGCAAGUGUGUGAACACAGAGGGCUCCUUUCAGUGCCAGUGUGGGCGGGGCUACACCGGCCCUCGCUGUGAGAUUGACAUAAACGAGUGCCUAUCCAUGCCCUGCCACAACGACGCCACCUGCCUGGACCGCAUCGGAGAGUUCACCUGCAUCUGCAUGCCAGGAUACAUGGGGACAUACUGCGAGGUGGAUAUGAACGAGUGUGAGAGUAACCCUUGUGUCAACAACGGCCGCUGCAUAGACUCGGUUAACGGAUUCACCUGCUCCUGCCCGCCAGGAUUCACUGGGACCAUGUGCCAGAUUGACAUUGACGAGUGCGCCAGCACGCCCUGUCGAAACGGAGCCAAGUGCUUUGACCGGCCCAAUGGGUUCGAGUGCCGCUGUGCAGAAGGGUUCGAGGGGGCCCUCUGCGAGAGCAACAUCGAUAACUGCCAGCCGGACCCGUGUCACCACGGCACGUGCGUGGACGGCAUCGCCAGCUACAGCUGCGCGUGCGAGGCGGGCUACACGGGCUACCGCUGCGAGAACCAGCUCAACGAGUGCAUGAGCAACCCCUGCCUGAACGGCGGCAAGUGCGUGGACCGCGUCAACAAGUACAUCUGCCAGUGCCUGCACGGGACGUCCGGCGCCAACUGCGAGGUCAACUUUGACGACUGCGCCAGCAACCCCUGCGACUACGGGGUCUGCAAGGACGGGAUCAACCGCUACGACUGCGUGUGCAAACCAGGCUUCACUGGCCCCAUGUGUAACGUGGAGAUCGACGAGUGCGCCUCGAACCCGUGCCGCAACGGGGGCACGUGCGUGGACGAGGAGAACGGCUUCCACUGCCAGUGCCCCGAGGGCUUCCGGGACCUCCUGUGCUACUCGGAGGUGGACGCGUGCAGCAGCGGGCCCUGCGUUCACGGGAGCUGCCGCGACGACCUCAACGGGUACAGGUGCGACUGCGAGCCCGGCUGGUCGGGCAAGAACUGCGACUUGGACCGGAACGACUGCAAGUCCUCCCCGUGCCAGAACGGGGGCACCUGCAUCGACCAGCUCAACGGCUUCGUCUGCCGGUGCCACAAGGGCUUCAAAGGUCCCCUGUGUCAGGUGAACAUUAACGACUGUGCCUCCAGUCCGUGCCUGAACCAGGGCACCUGUGUGGACGGCGUGUCCAGCUACACCUGCCUGUGCGAGCCGCCCUUCAGCGGCCCCACCUGCGCCGACGCGCUGACGCCCUGCUCGCCCAACCCCUGCGACAACCAGGGCCUGUGCAGCCACACGGCCGACUACCUGAGCUUCCAGUGCACCUGCCCGCCGGGGUGGCAAGGCAAGCGGUGCAACAUGGACGUCAACGAGUGCGCGGGCAGCCCCUGCAAGAACCGCGGCGCCUGCGCCAACACGCUGGGCGGCUACAUGUGCUCCUGCCGCGCCGGCUUCAGCGGCGCCGACUGCGAGAGCGACAUCAACGACUGCAGCCCGAACCCGUGCCUGAGUGGGGGCUCCUGUAUGGACGGGGUGAACUCCUUCCGCUGCAGCUGCCUGCCGGGCUUCACCGGGCCCCGCUGCACCAUGGAGAUCAACGAGUGCCAGAGCUCCCCCUGCAGGAACGGAGGGACAUGCACGGACUACGUCAACAGCUACACCUGCACCUGCAAACCCGGCUUCACUGGCAUCCACUGCGAAACCAACAUACCCGACUGCACAGAGAGCUCGUGCUUUAACGGGGGCACCUGUACGGAUAAGAUCAACGGCUUCUCCUGCUCGUGCCGGGCGGGCUUCACCGGCUCCCACUGCCAGCACCAGCUGAGCGAGUGCCGCUCGCGGCCCUGCCUGAACGGGGGCGUGUGCGUGGACGGGGGCGACUCCGCCCGCUGCGUCUGCCCCAAAGGCUACACCGGGCCCAAAUGCCAGGUGGCGGUUGAUUGGUGCAGACUCUCGUCGCCGUGUCAGAACGGCGGGCGCUGCCGCCUGCAGGACGCCUCCUUCACCUGCGACUGCGCGGGCGGCUGGUCCGGCCGCUACUGCGACAUCCCGGGGGUGUCCUGCGAGGUCGCCGCGGCGCAGAGAGGACUCGGGACCGACCAGCUCUGCCACCACGGUGGCCACUGCGUGAACACGGGGAACACGCACUACUGCAAGUGCCAGGCGGACUACAUCGGCAGCUACUGCGAGAGCCAGGUGGACCACUGCGAGGAGAAACCCUGCCUCAACGGCGCCACCUGCAGGGCGUACGUGGGAGGUUACACCUGUGAGUGCAUGCCGGGAUACCAGGGGGACAACUGCGAGUCAGAAAUAAACGAGUGCCGGUCUCACCCCUGCCAGAACGGGGGCAGCUGCAUCGACCUGGUGGGCCAUUACAUCUGCUCCUGCCCACCGGGAACCCUGGGUGUCCUGUGUGAGAUCAAUGAGGAUGACUGCAAUCCCCCCCAGAGGCUGCGGGGGCCACCCAAGUGCCUGAACAACGGGACGUGUGUGGACCGCGUGGGGGGGUACCGGUGUAACUGCCCCCCCGGGUUCACGGGGGAGCGCUGCGAGGGGGACAUCAACGAGUGCCGCUCGAACCCCUGCAACCCCAGCAGCAGCUCCGACUGCAUACAGCUGCCCAACGACUACCAGUGUGUCUGCAAGCCCGGCUUCACUGGGCGAAGGUGCCAGUUCAGAUUCAGUGUGUGUGAGUCUCAGCCUUGCCUAAAUGGAGGUGCCUGCUCCGCCUCUCCCAGCACCGUCCAGGGCUACACCUGCACCUGCCAGCCUGGGUACACUGGGCCUACCUGUGAGCGGAGCCUGCUGUCGUGCCGGGAGCUUUCCUGCUACAACGGGGGGAGCUGCCUGCAGACGGCGCGGGGCCCGCGCUGCACCUGCGCCCCAGGCUUCGGCGGGCCCGACUGCCACCAGCGCAGCGGGGGGGGCUGCUCCGCCCAGCCCUGCCGAAACGGCGGCGUGUGCACCGAGGAGGCCGUCUUCCCCUUCUUCCGCUGCCAGUGCCCCGGCGGGACGUCCGGCAAGCGGUGCGAGCAGGGCGCGGCCGCGGAGCCCGCCUGCCCGCUCGCCGACUGCCACGGCAAGGCCGGCGACGGCGUCUGCGACAAGGAGUGCAACACGUACCCCUGCCGCUGGGACGGGGGCGACUGCUCGCUCACGCUCAACCCCUGGGCCCACUGCGACGACCCCCAGUGCUGGCGCGUCUUCAACAACAGCCAGUGCGACCCGGCCUGCGACAGGCCCCAGUGCCUGUACGACAACUUCGACUGCAAGAGCCGCGAGAAGAGCUGCAAUCCCAUCUACGAGCAGUACUGCAUGGACCACUACGCGGACGGGCGCUGCGACCAGGGCUGCAACACGCAGGAGUGCGGGUGGGACGGGCUGGACUGCGCCGCCAGCGUGCCGGAGGACCUGGCGGAGGGCGUGCUGGUGAUCGUGGUGCUGCUGCCGCCGGAGGAGCUGGUGCGCACCGGCCCCGCCUUCCUGCAGAAGCUCAGCUCCAUCCUGCGCACCACCCUGCGCUUCCGCCUGGACCACAACGGCGACGCCAUGAUCCGGCCCUACACCCGGCCCGAGGCGCGCGUGCGCCGCGAGCUGCACCCGCAGGCGGAGGUCAUCGGGUCCAUCGUGUACCUGGAGAUCGACAACCGGCUCUGCUCCCAGGACUCGGAGGACUGCUUCCCCUCCGCAGACUCCGCCGCCGGGUACCUGGCCGCCCUGUCCGCCACCGAGAUGCUGCGCUUCCCCUACCCCAUCAAACAAGUCCGCAGCGAGGUGCUGCCUGGCAAUACAGAAGUGCCGGAUUGGGGCAAGCUGCUGCUGGUGGGCGUGGCCGGGCUCUUCCUGCUGGUGAUCCUGGGGGCGGGGAUGCUGAUCGCGCGGCGGAAGCGGGAGCACAGCACGCUCUGGUUCCCCGAGGGCUUCUUCCUCAAGAAGGAGACGAGCAGCAACAAGAGCCGCAGGGAGCCCGUGGGCCAGGACGCGCUGGGCAUGAAACACAUGCCGAAGACAGUGGAGGAGUCUCUCCUGGGAGACCACAGCGACCAGUGGCUGGACACAGACUGCCCCGAAGCCAAGAGACUGAAGGUGGAGGAGCCCAGCGCGAUGUCGGACAGCGAGGACGCAGUGGACUGCAGGCAGUGGACGCAGCACCACCUGGCCGCCGCAGACAUCCGCGUGCCCCCCUCCAUGGCCCUCACGCCCCCCCAGGGGGAGUUCGACAGCGACUGCAUGGACGUCAACGUCCGGGGGCCAGACGGAUUCACUCCUCUGAUGCUGGCGUCGUUCUGCGGGGGCGGGCUGGAGUCGGACAUCCCGGAGGAGGAGGACCCCGAGGAGUCGUCCGCCAACAUCAUCUCCGACCUGAUCUACCAGGGGGCGUCGCUGAGCGCGCAGACCGACCGCACGGGCGAGACCCCCCUGCACCUGGCCGCCCGCUACGCCCGCGCCGACGCCGCCAAGAGGCUGCUGGACGCCGGGGCGGACGCCAACGCCCAGGACAACACCGGCCGCACCCCUCUGCACGCUGCCGUGGCUGCUGACGCGCAGGGUGUCUUCCAGAUCCUGAUCCGCACGCGCGCCACAGACCUGGACUCGCGGAUGUACGACGGGUCGACCGCGCUGAUCCUGGCUGCUCGGCUGGCUGUGGAGGGCAUGGUGGAGGAGCUGAUCACCUGCCACGCUGACGUCAAUGCCGUGGACGAGCUGGGCAAGUCUGCUUUGCACUGGGCCGCAGCGGUGAACAACGUGGAGGCGACGGUCGCUCUGCUGAAGAACGGAGCCAACAAGGACAUGCAGGACCUGAAGGAGGAGACGCCGCUGUUCCUGGCCGCCCGGGAGGGCAGCUGCGAGGCGGUGCGGGUGCUCCUGAGCCACUUCGCCAACCGCGAGAUCACGGACCACAUGGACCGGCUGCCGCGCGACAUCGCGCAGGAGCGCAUGCACCACGACAUCGUGCAGCUGCUGGACGAGUUCAACACCGUGCGCAGCCCGCAGGUGCACGGGCACGCCCACGGGCACGGGCACGGGCACCACGCCCUGUCCCCGCUGCUGUGCCCGCCGGGCGCCUUCAUGCACGGCCUCAAGCAGCCGCCGCAGGGCGGCAAGAAGAGCCGGCGGGCCGGCGCCAAGGGGGGCGUGGCCGGGCUGCACGGGGCCGGGCCGAAGGAGGCGGCGGCCAAGUGCCGCAGCAGGAAGCUGACGCUGGACAUGCAGAGCUCGCUGCUGGAGAGCUCGGUCACGCUGUCCCCCGUCGACUCGCUGGACUCGCCGCGCGGCGGCGCCAGCAACGCCGGCUACAUCACCAACCCCGCCUCCCCGGCCCUGCCCUCGCCGGGCCUCUUCCACCCCUCCCUCUCCGUGCCGGCCACGCCCAUGGUGCGCGGCGUGCUGGACGGCGGCGGGCCCUUCGCCGUCUCCCUGGCGCAGCUGGGCGACCUGGGCGAGGCGGGGCUCCCCAUGGGCCAGGCCCUGCAGGGCCACGCCCCCAUGACGCCGGGGGCGGGGCCCGGGGUGGGGGUGGGCGGAGCCCCGCCGGGCUACGUCCUGAACGCGGGGCAGCUGGGGCUGAGCCUGGGCAUGGUGAACCCGGUGAGCGUGCCCUUCGACUGGCACCGCAUGCCCCCCGCCUCGCAGUGCGGCCCGCAGGUCAUAGGCCUGGUGCGCUCCAUCAGCCAGAGCCCCGCCCUGCACCCGCAGAGCCCUGCCCUGCAGCAGCAGCAGCACAGCCUCCUCCAGCAGCAGCUGUUCCACAGCUCCCAGCAGCCCCUGCUGCAGCCCACGCCGGUCUCCGUGCCCCAGUCCCUCAGCCCCUCCCAGCUGCCCUCCAUCUCCGAGCAGCAGCAGCAGCUCCACGGCCGCGCCAUGGCCCCCCUGGGCCGCUCCACCCCUCCCACCCCCCAGCAGGUCCCGCCUCCGCCCACCUUCUUCAAGCAGCAGGCUCCUCCUCCCCAGCCCAGCCAGGCACAGGCCCCUCCCCCGCAGCCCCUGCAGGCCCCGCCCCCCCAGGCUCCCAGCAGCAGCAGUGCCGGUCUGGAGGACUACCCCACCCCGCCCUCCCAGCGUAGCUACACCUCCACCCUGGACACCACCCCCAAACACUACAUCCACCUGCCCAAUGAGCACCCCUACCUUACCCCCUCCCCAGAGUCCCCCGAGCCCUGGUCCAGCCCCUCCCCUCAGUGCGUGUCUGACUGGUCAGACUCCACCCCCAGCCCAGCCAACGCUGCCGCCGCCCAAACCCAGAUACCCCACACCCAGGAGUCCAACGGCAAGAUGCAGGUGUUCGCGUGAAGACCCCACGCGCCCCCUUAUCCCCAUCCCGCCCCCCUUCCCCACCCCCCAGUGAAGAAAAGAGAAGAAGCCCCUCUGUGGGAGGAGCUAUCCUGUAUUAACCCCCUCCUCUCCUUUCCAACGGUUGAUUUGGAUCGGGAUUGACUCUGAAAUUCCACCGCGCGCUUGUCUUCUGUGCAAGGCACCGGUCAGACAAAAACGGUAAAGGGAAAAUGUUUGUUGUCUUAAAAAGAGAAGACGAUUUAAUGAAGUAUGACUUUUUUAUAAUAAAGAAGAAAAAAAAAAACUAAGUCUUUAAUUUCAAAGACUGGGGGACGCCCUCCUAACACUAACAAACUUUAAAAGUAGAAGAGCAUAAUGGCAAACCUACGGAAAGAGAUCGGCCAUUUUUGGAUGUAUUUAUUGUGUGUUCCCGACUACAGCUUUCAUAGCAUCUCCACCCUCUCUCCUCCAAUACCGACCAUAGCAACACUGUGCACCCUCACCCCUGAUUGGCCCAGGUUCGGUCAUUACUUGAAGCAUCGCGGCCAAUCAGAGAUCAGUGUGCUUUUAGUGUGGUUAUAGCACGGCGCAAAAGGCGACGUGCUCUGAUCCUAUUGGCCAUAUCCACAAGCUUUUGGAUUGGUUAACUCUUGACCACACCCUCCCACUCCCAGGGGGUUUCAGUGUUAGAAUGGAAUCAGCUGUUAUGAGCACAAGAGUGUUGAGACUAGCUCAACACUACUAGCGUUGCUGAGCAUUGCCAGUCGGCCCCUGGACGAGUAAUGUUGACCGGCAGUCUUUCGCUGCCCUCAUAUCCUCUGCUCCCAUUGGCCAACAGAGUGCACCCUUUGCUCUGAUUGGUCCAUUACAGUGCAUACUCUAUUCCGAGUUCCCCAGGGGACGAUCUGAUGGAUGCCACAGGAGUAGUCACUCAUUGCAGCUCCAUCGAAAAAAAAAAAAAAAAGUUUUAAAAAAUUGUUUUUGCAUCGCUUGGCUCUUUGAGAGAGAGAGGCACAGUUUUAGUGUCGUCUUUAACUGAUUUUAUUUAUUCAGGCCAGACAAACAGAAAAAGGGAGGAAUCGGUAUCAUGAGCAAAUAAGCUUCCACAGUGGCUGGCCAAACAGCACAGAAUUACUGUUCUUUUAGAGCAAGCCCACACAUUCCAUGCCCGAGUGCCAGAAAAGGCCUUUCCCAAGCACUUCCAGGGACAUGCAGCAGGGGGCGAGUGAGACAUUCCAACUGUGCUUUAGUGAUCCUGCUGGCUCAAUUUUUUUUUUUUUUUUUUCACAGAAUUUUGGCCAGUAUUGUGUAAUAAACUAAACCAUUAUAUAUUUUUUUUCUUUUCUUUUUUUCAAUGAAAUGGGCAUAAAGAAAAAUGUUAAUUGCGAGUUCUCCAUCACAAGAGCCCACACUCAGUAUUCACCAAACUGGCGACUCUCUCCCUGCGUACACCCGGCUGGGUGGACCACAGGGGGGAAACUUCCCCCCGUGCAGGAGGAGGGUCAGGGAGGUUGUGUAGGAGCUGGUGUCACAGCAGAACGUUUGUUCUUGGCUGUGGGGUUUUUCUUGUUUUUUUUGUUUCUUUUUUUGUAUCAGUGUAAAGUGUUUGGUUUUACCUGUACUACCGCUAGCUGUCACUGCCCGUCACUUGUGAUUUUGUUUAUUUUCGAUUGAAACUGAAACCACGGUAACCUGCCGAUUGAUGCCGUGGUGGACUAAGCUAUGUUGAUUGGCUGCUGCUUCCUAUCAGUCACACACAGACAUUCCAGACACUUGCCAGUUCCUCAGUGUUGCGCUGUAGUGUAAUGAUGUAGCUGGAAACACACACGCACACACACACACACACGCACACAAGCAUGCACGCACACACACACACAUUUUUUUGGGACUACUGCUACAUAAAGUCAUAAAAAAGGGCCCAAAUUUUUAUUAUUUUUUAUUAUCAGGGACGUCUGAGAUUUUGUACAUGUCCAUGUCAACACACAUAUGUACACACACACACACACACACACACACACACAUUUUCCCUGUAGCCCACUAACAGAAAUAAGCUCAUGCACACUCUCUGUCCAGCAAACUCUCAGUGGCACACAAACACAACUCUUUUUGACUGUGCCAGUCCCUGCCCUGUCUCCAGGACCGUGUGGUCAGAGUUUCGGUGACGUUCACCCAGCUCCUGGCCGCGAGCCCCGGGCCCGUCGUGGUUCGGGCCCCGGUGGGUGUGUCGGGGGUGCUCUGGCCCCGUCACUCUUAAGAGAGGUGGUUUUUAUAGGCGUGCAGCGCACGUGCCUGCAUCUGUAGCACACCCCCCACGCCCACCGGUCGCGGAGACGACGGUCGGCGAUGAUGUCAUAAUGUGUGGGCGGAGCAAACGCUGCCAUGCAGUGCCGCCCGUUUUCUGGCGUCGUUCCCGCGGAGUCUCCCGGUCGCCCGGUUGCUAGGCAGCGAGGGGGCUCCAGGAGACAGGGAGAGACUUUUUUUUUUUUUAAACUUGGGAGAACAAGAGCAGCAAUAUGCCCACUGCCUCCAUUUCCCAGCACGCACUGCCACGGAUGGACCCACCCACCUCACCCAUUUCCUAGCUCCAAUGCUGUAACAUGGCACAGAACCGGGCCGGUCACAUUCAGGCACAGGACACAGAAUUGACCAGUUGGACUCUGUAGAUCCAGCCCUCUGGUCUGGGUGAGUUCACUUAAUUUGGGUGGGAACCACUGCUCAGCAGUCAGACGCAUCGAAGACACACCCACUCCGUAUGAUUCAUACAUAAGUUCUCACACACUACAGCCUGUGUACAUUUCACCAUUUCCAGCUUCUGAUUGUAAAUAUGUUCGUCUGAAGUAGAUAUACUAGCUACCGAAGUCUUAUGUUUCUAAAAUGAUUAUUUACUAAAAAUGAGAAAUAAAAAAAUGUGUACUUCCUAUUAGCAUUAUUGUGAAGUUGAGGAUGUGACUGACGUUGCAUUGGUCUUGUAUCAUUAGAAACAACCAUAGAUUAUUUUUUCUAUCAUUUAUUAUUAAUUCUUGUACUUGUUUAAAAGUAGUUUGAAAUCAUUGUACAGAAAUACCGUUCCACAAUGUUUGUAUGAAACAGACAAGCUGUAAAAUAAGUUACUGCUAAUAAAAUAUGUAGGUGACUACA